AUGGGCGCCAGCUGCUGUAAGAAUCCGACCUCCUCGGUGGCGAGGGCAGUGGAAGAGGGGGCCGAGCCCAUCCCUCAGGGAGGCGAGAGCAGUGGUGUUGCUCUCACAUGGAGCACCUUCUCUGGUCCUCCUGCGCGCCCCUUCACUCUGCCCGGCAGCUCGGAGGGCGAGGCGGCCACUGCAGCUUCUAUGCUGUUAGCCCUGAGCUGCACAGACAAAGUCGCUGCUGAGGGGCGCCUCGAGCAUGGCGAUGGAUCUGAUGAACUUGCGAGUGACACAUGGUCGUCGUUGCACGUCCGAGUCUGGUGCCGACGAGGCGGCGUAUCAGGCGAGAUUCUCUCGCGUGCUCUCACCGCUGCUAUGUGGCGGUGGCGACAGCCGCCCCCUGAGAGGUCGGACGAGUGGCUGGUGCUUCGUCGAGUGCUUUGCGCCCAUCCACUCUUUGCCGUCUGCCGCAACGAUGCGUUGAUGCUACAGGAAGUAGUGGAGGUCUUUGAGAGGCAGGAGACACAGCCUGGAGAGGUUGUCGUGUCGCCAGGGGACAGUUGCGCUUUCCAUGUCGUGGUGAAGGGCAAAGCUGUCGCGGAUGUCGGCGAUUGCGCUGCACAGAUUGCACAAGAGAAGAACAGGCGACAGGAAUGGGCUGUCGGGGACUACUUUGGGAGUGAGGGCCUGCUCUACGCCUUGAGCCCAGGAGAUGAGGGCGCCGCGGUGUGCGCCGCGGGCCAUCCUGAUGCAUCUUUGCCCACUGUCAUGUGGCGGCUGAAUCGCAUGCUCUAUCAGAUGCUGAUGCGCACCUUCCACGAUGACGCACACCGCCAGCUCAUGACGUACCUUUCCCAGUCGCCGCUCUUUCAGCAUCUGUCUCGUGCACAGAUACGUCACCUCUGCGAGAGGGCAGAGAUGGUGACAUGGGACACAUCGGCGCGCUUGCUGCAGAGGGGUGAGGUGCCGGCCGAUCUCUUUCUUUUGAUUUCCGGCUCCGUGGCCCUCAUGCAUGUCCAGCGGGGCGGUGGUGGCCACGCGGGCGUGACACGCGUGCAGUCCACCGCUCUCGGCGCAGGCGACUGCGUCGGCGAUGCCGAGCUUCUCCUCCUGCACCGAGCAACAGACGAGGAGGACGACACCACUGACUCAAAGAGGCUGACAGCGAUGCCUUCCUGCUGCACGUACGCAGUGCAGCAGCCGGUGCAGGCGAUCCGCAUCCCUAUUGAAGAUCUGCUCGCCGUGCUUUCAGGGCACGAUCUGCAGCACAUGCGGGAGCGCAGUCGCAGCGUGCGAGAGUUGGAACUGUGGCGGCGGCAGGCGCAGAUGCCGGGUGGCCUGCGCUCUCUCGUGGAGGAGUGUCUCGUGCUGGACAUCUCCGACACCAACAGCGCGACAGCGACGAGGAUUCGCUGGUGUUGCCGGGAGGACCCAGCGUUGCUGCGUCUCCGCUGUCGAGGCGGCUCUCCGACGACGUCUCGCAGGAUGUAUUUGUGA